ACAGCCAAACAUCCUUAGUAACCACUCAUACACAUUCCCCCUUCCUCUGCGUCCCUUCUGGACUAUCGUAGCCAUGGAUUCCGCCUACGAUCAUAUCCAGGAGGAGAGCUACCCGGAAGAUCCCACCAAGCAGUCAAGCAGCGGUGACAGCACCCAUCAGGAGACAGCAACCAACUUCAACACGGAGUUCCAAGAUGCAUACAAGGCCAUUUCUAGCAGCCCUUGGGCAGCGCGACUUGGAGGCUUUUUGGGUACAGUGAAGAAGCAGGGUGAGCAAUACUACGAUACCGCAAGCAAGCAAUAUGCGCCCUUGACCAAGAACGCCUCUGAAAGCGUAUCCAACAUUAUCAGCCAUGCUAGAAAAAUAUCACUUCAACCCGGCGACGCGUCAUCAGCAUCCAAGCCCACAAACACCGACAAGGACGCCUCUAUAGAGGAAACAAAGGAGGAAAUUGAGGCACACCCCGAUCGCCCUGAGUCUCUGACCGCAGACAUCGUCAAGGAAGCAGAGGGAAUCUUAUCGCGCUUCCGGUUGGAAGCCACGAAACGUCUCAAGGACGUGGAAAAGGCCGAGGACGCGGCCGACGAAGCGCUCCUCAAGUUCGGCAGCAACAUCCGCAACUUCCUGCGCGACGCCGUCACAAUCGCACCGCCGGAAUCAGGCUCCGAAGCCGACAAAAAUGGUGAGGUACUCUUCGAGUCAAAGGACAGCAGCGGCAAGAAGGUCGUUCACGCUACCCGCUUCGACGCCCAAUUGCACGUCAUCCACUCCACGCUCGACUCUUUCCUCAAAGACCCUGCGAGCCCAGAGUGGGAGAAGUGGCAGGCUGCUUUCGAUGUAGACAAGAAGACUGAUGCCAUUGCAAAGGAUCUGGAGAAGCACGAGGAACUGCGGAGCGCCAUGGAGAAGUGCGUCCCAGAGAGGGUGGAUUACAAGGUUUUUUGGCGCAGAUACUAUUUCCUGCGCCAUGUAAUUGAGAGCGAGGAGGCUCGGCGAAGGGAGAUGCUCAAGGCAUCCACACCCGCCGCCGACGAAGAAGUCGCCUGGGACGAAGACUCCGAGGAAGAAGAUGACGACGACGAUGAAGAAGAGGAAGAAGAUGACGACGACGAAGACGACGACGAAGAAGAAGAAGAUUCAGACGAAGAAUCAGACGACGACAACGCUACCGUCUCCGCCAAACCCAAUACAACUACACCCACAUCCACCACCGAACCCCCCAAAGACCUCGCCGCUUCAGUAAAAACUCUCAAGCCCGCAGACACUAAAACACCUGCUGCCGCACAACCCCGCCGUUCAAACGAUGAAAAGAGCGUGGCGGAUAGCGACGCUAGUUAUGAUCUUGUGAGUGGGGCGACGAGUCGCGCGCCGGGUAGUCCGCAGGAUGGGAAGAAGAAGACGGUUGCUGAGGAGAGUGAUGAGGAGGAGGAUUGGGAGUAGUUGGGCUGGCUGUUGUGUUUGUGUGUGAAUAUGAGAGAGGGUCUUUGUGGCCUGAAGCAAGCGUGGCUUUUUUCUUUCUUUGGCGUUUCAAUGCGGGAGAUUCUUGGUUGAUUACGGAUGGGAGUGUUUAUACCGGACUGCUGGAUACGUGAAUAUGAGAUAUUGAUCGC